AUGUUUUUGCCAAUAUUUCAAUCUUCAUUCUUAUAGAUCACAAUGACUUAAAUAAAAGUUAAUGUGAAAGUAUUCUCAGAGAAAAUGAUUAUCGAAGGAUUCAAAGGCCAAAGUGAAAAAGUCAUCGAAUUUAUUAAGACAAAUUAUUGUGUUGAAUGGGAUUAUGAUGAUAUGUAUGAAUUAUUGAUAUUGAAUUAGAUGUCAAGAUAAAUUAUUAAAGGGUUUCACUUUAUGUUAAUAUGGUCAAAGACUAUAUUCAUUUUAAGGUGAAGCACCAUAAGUUACUGAACUGAGAAGUGUGCUUAAAGGUAAAAUUGGAUUUUUCAACUGGGAAACAGAGUUGACAUUCUAGAGAUGGAUCAAGAAGACAGAUCAUUGUCAGGUAACAAUAUUAAAUAAACAAAACAGAUUUUUCAAGUGUUACGGGGUGAAAAUUUAAAAGUCAUGAAAAUCCUUCAAGACAAUUAUGUAAAUCAUAUAUUUAUUAUAACAUUAGUCUAAUUUAGAAUUAAAGGUUAAUCAAAUUUUAAAUCAAAAACCUCAUAUUAAUCUUCUUCAUUCAGAAGAGUUUUAUAAAGAUGAAAUAUAACUCUUUUUGAUAUUGGAUUAUUAUGAGUAAUCACUAGGGGAUUUGUAAAAUGAGUAUCCAAAUAAAAAGGUACCCAUAAAUAUUAUCAGACCAAUCUUAUAAUAAUUAUUAGAAGGUAAUUAAAUCUAAUUAUUAUAAUAGGAGUUAAUCAUUUGCAUUCAUAGAAUAUAAUCCAUAAAGAUUUAAAAUAUGAUAAUAUCUUAUUAACUAAAAACAGAACCGUUAAAAUCAUUGAUUUUGGUUUGUCCUAAAUAGGUGAUACCACGAAUGUUAGAUCUGGAACUGGAGGUUAUAUUGCCCCCGAAGUAUUUAAGAACUAAACUAUAACUUCUAAAAGUGACAUUUUUAGUGUUGGUGUUAUAUUUCAUAAAUUAUUAACUGGAAAGGGUAUAUAUAAUACUCUUGAUGAAAAUAUGUCUGGUAAAAUGAAGAUCAGUUCACACAUUAAAGAUUAAAUAGCCAAAGAUCUAUUAUUAUCAAUGUUGAAUUCAGAUCCUAAACUAAGGUACACUGCUGAGGAUUGCUUAGCUCAUCCUUUUUUCACUGGUGAAUAUGAUUAACCUUCCUAAAAGUAAUAUUAUAAUUUCUAAUCUUUAGGAUAUGUUUAAGAAAUUAUCUGAGUCCUCUAUCUUAAUAUAAAUUUUAACCUAUAUCUACUUAAAUGAUUAGUUUAUCAUUAUGA